AUGGGUGAUAUAACUGCAAAAUAUCCAACAUAUGGCGGUGGAGGCCCUGGCCAACUUGGUGGUGGCGGAUCAUCGGAUAUUCGAUUAAAACCAGGAGAUUUUGGUGAACUUGAAGGAUUGAAAAGUCGAAUAAUCGUCGCGGCAGGUGCAGGAUCCCCAGAUAGUUUGGCUUAUGAUUCUUCUCGUGAUGACUAUGGAGGUAGUGCUGGUGGAUUAGUAGGCUAUUCAAGUGAUUCUGGAAACAAUGUUCCGGGAAAUCAAACUUCUGGUGGAUAUGGAAUAGGUCCAUAUAAAGGGAGAUUUGGAUUUGGAGGAGGAAAUGGAGAAAGAAGAUUCUAUGAUGGGUCUCCAGAUGGGAACGGAUCAGGAGGCGGUGGAUAUUUUGGUGGUAGUGCAUCAUCGGUAGAAAAGAAUUACGGUGGUGCUGGUGGAAGUUCAUUCAUCAGUGGACACAAAGGAUGCAUCGCAAUUUCAGAAGAUUUCACUGAAGAAAAUCCUAAGUUCUCAGAACGAGAAGAUCCAUCUAUCCACUACAGUAACAUCACAUUCUUCAAUACAGUUAUGAUUGAUGGUAAACAUCUGAUGCCACUUGUUAAUGGUAGUAUGAGUUAUGGUAAUCCCGGCAAUGGUUCCAUUCGAAUCACCACUCUUUUCUUAUAUGAUUGUCCAAGUUUCUAUAUAAAUUACAAUUUUUGUUCCUUUAAAUUUAAUGUUAUUUAUUUAUGCUUAUUUAUUCUAUAA